CUGCAUUCUUCAACGAUCGUGUGAGACAGGAGCUGAAGUCAAGAGAAGAAGGAAUACUACCAUUAGUAAAGGCGAAUAUUUUGUCGUUCUACUAUUUACGUGUUCGGCAAUGGCCUCUUCCAAGGAAAUGCAAACAUCAGCGAGGCCAUUGACCCAACACCGUCAAUCUAUCCCUUCCGGCUCGACGUCUUCCUUGGGCGCCGCGAGGCCAAUGUCCCAUUCUCGCAAUAAUUCUCACACCUACUCCGCUUUGUCCGGCGCCCUCAAUGCCACCCAUCGCGUAACCCGUCGGAAGAGUAUGACCAACACCGCCGCUAACGUCGCAGCCGUUGCAGCCGCUCUCGAGGAGGCUGGCGACAAGGUUGGACCCCUCCCCAUCGCCGUCAGUUCCCGUCGCGGUACCAUGUCUAAGUCCGCCGCCGCAAGAUCAGCCAUCGUCGGCAGCUUACCUUCUCCGCCCGCGAGCUUGCCCACACAUAGGUUCUCCAUGAGUAUGAAGCCCGAAGGGUCGGAGGAUGCCAUCGACGACGAUUCGAACGACAUGUCGGCCGACGAAGGAGAGGGAGGGCUGCAGAAAGCUCGCAUUAGGCGAGCGAGCGACGGUCAGCCCUUGACGAAGGAGGGCAAGAAGAGCAACCGAAUUGAACUCCGCUGCGACAAGUGUGGAAAAGGAUACAAGCACAGCAGUUGCUUGACCAAGCAUUUGUGGGAACAUACUCCCGAGUGGUCUCUCACGUCAAAGCUGCUCAUAUCCAAGCACCAACAAGUUCAACUGCUCGAGGCGGCCUCGGUUCUCGUCGCCAUGAACACCAACGACGCGACCACCCCGCCCGACUCUGCCAAAGAUUUCGCUAGCGACCCGGAAUCGGCUUCUCCUACCGCAUCGGGCUAUUCGGAGGUCCACGACGGCCGCAGUUCUGCUGACACCACCCCACCGCCGCAACCGGAGGCCUUCAGCACGACUAAUACUCUUGCUUACCGCACAGCGCCAAAGAGAAACAGCAAUGGAAGCGGCUAUUCGCUGUCUCUCCAAUCGGCUGCGUCAGGUUCGUUCUUCCCGGGCAGCGUGCCUAAUGGGAAUGCAUUUGGUCACUUCCGACACGCGAGCAUGGACCGACGCCCUCCAUCUUCGGGCAUGAACAGUACCGGCCAAGAUGAUCGCGACCUUGCCGCAGCGGUCGAGUUGCUUAGCUGCAGCUUUGGCAGCAGCGGAGGGGGCCGAGAUGCCAGGUUGCCCAACGACGCUCCCCCCGUACCGCCGCUGCCUGCUCAAUACCUUGACCACGUAUCCUUCGCUAGCACGAGUUUUAUCAACAGUUUCCCGUCCGGUCAGAUGCCAGAGAGCUUCACUCGAGGCGAGGUUCGGCACACGGAAGAUGUGAAGAUGGAAGACAGCGAGAGCAGCGUGAUGGACGAAGACGAGGGAGAUAUGCGCUCCAGGGCGCGUAGCAGCGAGGAGGACGACGAAAUGAUGUUUGGCCGUAUGGAGGACUAGGCUCUGGAUCGUUCACUCGAGAGAUGACAUGAAACGAAUCAUGGCGUUUUGUUGAUUUCCUUUGUGUAUCGCCGUAUAUCAAAUUUUGUAAAGGAGGUGGUUCGCUCCGCGGCCGAAAUCUCAGCACCGAAGAAUGGAGGGCGCUGGGGAAAGGAUAACCCACAUUCUCCAAGAGGUUAAAGUGAGGAUCGGAGGGAGCGUCGAGCGAACACCUAACAUAGUCGAGAUUUUCAGGGAGGGCAGAGAGGACAGGAACGGUUUCUCAUGGGGCAAAGUGUGUGAUGUCUGAUAAUAAGACCGAGAACACCUAUUUGUUCUUU